CCCUCAAGAAGCACCACUCAUUCGUCGUGAAACCACUCUUCACUCUCGCCAUGAAGGCCUGUCCCUAUCGCAAGGACUUUUACGCCAAACUCGGUGCAGACCAGGCAAAAGUCACCAGCCAGCUCGAGGCCAAUACGGCAGCGUUGCAGAAGAUUGUCAAGCAGCUCGAGGUCUUUUAUGAGACGGGCAAGUACGGCAAGGGGUUCUAGAAUGGUCUAUAGAUUGGUAGAGAUGCUUUGGUCAAGGUUCAACACUUCAUGACAUCGACUACCAUACAACGACCUACCAGACGACUUACCAGACAAGCUGCACACAUGGGCUCAAGCUCCUCCAAAGUCACGCGGCGGUACACGCCAAAGCCAAAGCUCAAUACGCUCUACAAGCCAAUCACAGAUCCAGGCGAGUACACCCUCCCUGCUUCCGUCUUACGCGACCAACAACGCCGUAAGCAGCAGGAAACCCAUCAGCAAGUCACGCCGGAAGAUGGACUAGGUGGACCGUCGACCGUCCGUCAACAAGCGGGUAUACAUGCACAAGCGAGUGAGAGACGACCAGAAGGGUCGGAUGGCAAGGAUGUUCAAUUCCUUGAUAUGCUUAAACGCGCCGGCUACGGCGGUGACUUGUCGCAACACUCUACAAAACCAUCUCCUGCAUCAAGCCAAGCAACCGCUUCAACGCCAUCCAAAGCAAUCCGAACAGCACCCGCGAAUCCGAGCGGUAAUUUGUUUACAGCGCGCAAACAACUCGCAGAAGACGUCAAGGCGCAUACGGAACAAUUGGAGGAGAGUCUCGGUCAACCUGCUCGACAAUGGCUAGAAAUGUCUGAAGUGACGCGCUUAUUGGAUGCGAGGAAGCAGGGCGCGCAAGAUGCAGAGUUGAUGGAUCGUUUUGGAUUGCAUCCAUCCGUCUUGCAGCGCUUGGGGAAGGCUAUCAAUACGCCAACUGUGACGGAAGCCAUGGAUGAGAAUGGUAAUGCUAAGGGAGUUUGGCAAGAUAAAGCUUGAUCUUGUCGAAUUUUGCCCUCUUCACCCUAUGGAAGGCAAGGCUUUGACUACGUUGUUUGCUAAAAGCUCGAAGCCAGAUGUGCAGCUCAUCCCAAGACUGCUCUGGUGUCAAAAUCAGGGCUAUAAUGCACUGUCAAAUUCGCAGAGCUCAGUACACAACAGUCCCAGACUUCUCGAGGCUAGACACUGGCUGUAGCUCUCUCAAAGACUGGAUUGGAACGGAGAUCCGGGCUCUUGGUCGCCAACCUCAAGUUGUGAAAGCAUCGCGGAUAAGCAUUCUCUGAGAGGAUAGAAAUGGAUUCGCAUCGUUUGCUUUGAGUUUCGCUUCCAUAUCGACAUUGUUGUGGCAAUUCGGGCCAAAAGAUCGGUCAAAAUACAUUUCGGGGAGGUC